AUGUCUCAAGGGAAGGUGCAGAAUGGAGUGGAGGAGAAAUCCGAGGUCCUGGAGUUACCGGAGACAAAGGGGAAGAGGGGGGACAGUAAGGCGGAGAGUGAGAUGAGCGAGGCUUAUUCCUACAUCCCUAAGGAGAAGGAGAACCGGAGUGCGCUCAUCCAGCUGGGAACCCGGAUCCUGACCUGCCUGAAACGUGUGUCGUCGAACGCAGACUUCCGGGACCCGGGUGUCCAGGUCCUACGGCCAGUCUGCGGACCGUUUGUGCACAUGGCAACUAUACUCGCUACUCUGCUAGGAAAGGUCAUGGUUAGACUUGUUGGUGCAAAAGAGAAUCCAGGCAGGAAGUAUGAGCUGCUGAUAGCCGGAGCCGCAGUGGGCGUCGCAUGCUGCUUUGUUGCUCCUGUAGGAGGUGUCCUGUUCAGUGUGGAGGCAACAGCUACGCAUUUCGCCAUCCGGAAUUACUGGCGGGGCUUUUUUGCAGCUACAUGUGCAGCGUUAAUGUUUCGUCUGCUGGCCGUGAUUAAUAUGGAGAGAGAAACUGUUGCGGUUCUCUUUAGCACAAACUGGCGGGUAGAAUUUCCCUUCGACCUCCCUGAAUAUCUGUCCUACGCCAUCUUGGGCGUUGUGUGCGGCUGCGUCUGCUGUGUCUACCUGUUUCUCCACCGCGUCACCUUACUCUUCAUUAGUAACAAUGAACGUAUUGGAAAACUGCUACGAAACAAUAAGAUAGUCUACGCUGCCUUUGUCUCCCUGGUGUUGGCCAGCAUCACCUUCCCACAUGGAUUUGGCCAGUACAUGGGUGGAACACGGUUAACCAUGAAGGAACACUUAGAGACUUUCUUCAACAACAUCACGUGGGGCGUGGAGGAGUUAUCGCUCAGCGGCAACGCCUCGCGCCAGCCGCCCAAUCCCACCUACGACAACAGCUGGCUGCAGUGGACACACCCGAACCUGUCUUCUCUGGAGAAACUGGCCAUCUUCGUAGUGCUGAAGUUCUUCAUGCUACUCUUUGCAAACACCAUGAUCAUCCCAGCCGGAUACUUCCUGCCCGUGUUUGUAUACGGUGCUGGAUUAGGUCGACUCUAUGGAGAAUUAAUUGCCAAAAUCUUCCCCGACGGGUUCAUCUCAGAGGGCAUCCCUAUUAGGAUCACUCCAGCAGGAUACGCACUUGCAGGUGCUGCCGCUUAUUCUGGAGCUGUCACUCACACCAUCUCUACGGCUCUGCUUGUAUUUGAAUUAACUGGACAAAUGUCCCAUAUUCUUCCUGUCCUGAUUGCGGUUCUUAUAGCAAAUGCCAUCAGCCAAAGCUGCCAGAACUCAUUUUUUGACCUUAUAAUCAUAAUAAAGAAACUUCCAUACCUCCCAAAACUGGCGAUGGGAAAGAACAGUGCUCAUGAUGUGUGUGCUGAGGACUUCAUGGUGACGGACCUGCAAUAUCUGGUGCAAGGAUUUAAAUACAAAGAUAUCCGAAGUCUUCUGAAAUCAUCUGAUCUGAAGCAGUUCCCCAUCGUGGAUGCUGAAGAUUCUAAGAUCCUCCUUGGCUCUAUAAGCCGGAAAACUCUCAGCAAGCUUUUGUCAGAUCAGCUCAGCACGGAGCGGAGGAUCCAAUACAUGAUGAACCAGACCGGGAGCAACAUGGACAACAACCUAACAGUGACUUCUUUGGGGGAUUCUUCCACUGGCAGACCGAAACUGCCCAGAUGUGAUGAGGCGGAGAAUGCGGACACGAUGUACAGCGCUCAGGACACUGUGGCGUAUGAGAGUGAAGAGAUGCAGAGACAGAGGCCCGAAGGCCGCAGGAGACGCUCGUCUAAGUUCCGGAACCAGUACCUGAGAAUGGUGGAGGAGUGGGAGUGCCGUCAGCUCAACGAGGUGGUAUCGGCAGAGGACCUGGCCAUCAACCCAGCUCCGUACAGACUGGUGGAGAAGCAGACUCUAUACCAGUGCUACGACAUGUUUAACCUCCUGGGGCUGCGCACGGCUUACGUCACCAGUACGGGAAGGCUGGUGGGCGUGGUGUCUCUGACUGAGCUGAAAGACGCCGUCCAGGGAACUGUGAAGGGGACAUUCACCUCCCGGGUGACCCACAAGGCUGAGGACAACGGGCAGGAGAGUUAUUCCCUGCAGCCUCUGGUGCACCUGCCCCCGGAGUGUCAGACACAGGACAUCGCGCCCUCUGCCAGACCACCGCCAUCAUCGUGACCGAGAGCGGCUUACUACCCGCCAUAUCAAUGCACUGUGUGAUGACUGUAUGCGGCCAGCUUACUGCAAUACUCUGUGCGUGCGGUGUAUGGCCAGCCGGGGCUACCGGGCCCAAUGCUACCCGCAGACCUUUCCAUUUCCUGAACUGACAACUGGUGUCCAUGACAGCGACCAGUCCACGCACUCAGUAUUUAUCAUUAAAUACGCCAUAUUGUAACACAGCGUGCGCUACUGCAGAGACUGAUAUAGGGUUAUCAGCCCUGAGCUCCGCGAGACCCCUGAUAAUACCACCGGGGGGCGCUGCAGGCAUCUCAGGACGGAGAGGAGAUGACACCCACUACAUCUGUUAUUCCUUCUAUGUACUUACCCAGACUAGGGGGCAGUGUGGUGUGGUCAGCGUAUCAGGGGCUCCUCCCCCUUCCGCAGGGGCAACAACCACUAACGUUAUG